CGCGCUCCUCGCCGCCCGGUAACCGCCGCCGCCCGCCCGCCCGCACAGAGAGGGGGACACGGCGUCUCGCAUGCUGAGAAGAGAGAUGAAGACUAGAACGCCUCCUCUGCUCCAUGUUCACGUAGAUGAAACCACUCCUGUACAUGUUCAUGUGAAAAAGAGUCCAAAGCCAUCACCAACAAAAAGAGUCCAGCAAAAGCUGAAGGGAGCGUUUGAAUGUGGGAACCUGCGAGCAACAGCCAAAGUAAAGACGAGGGCCCCAUGGAUUCCACCGGGAAAAACUUCAUUGAGAGAAUCUGGCUACAAAUGGGAGGGACCAACCCAUCGCCUAGAAAUAACUCCCCUUGAUGGUGAAAAAUUGCACUCCACACUUCACCUGAGUGACCUUUCCACAGAGGAGGAGGAUGCUGUGCACGAGAAGAUGAACCAGUAUGAGAAGAAAAUCCGCAGUCUUAUGAACGAAGUGGGAACAUUGAAAAACGAAAUUGAACUGGAGAAGAAAGGUCACCUGUUGGAACAACGAGAGGAAGAGUUGAACGAAUCCAAGCGACUGAUUGAAGAGAAGGAGAUGGAAUUGGCCGGGGUUACAAAGGAGUUGGCGAUUACAGAGCAAAGGAACCAGAUGCUCCGCAGGAACAUUGAGAUGAUGACGGACGAAUCUGACAUUAGUUGCUCUGAAAGGAAACGCUUGCAUCAGGAAAAAGACAUGCUGCUGACGAAACUUGUUGAGGUUGAGAUGGAUGGAGCAGCUGUAAGCAAACAGGUCGCUGCUCUGUCCUCUACAAUCUGCAAGUUGCGCAACGAGAAAUCUGUUUCUGCUUCUGAGGCAAAUGUCCUGGCAAGACAGCAGGGGCUGCUAUUGCAGAAGCUGAAUACUUUCAGUGCAUCAAAUCGAUUGGUUCAAAAGAUGCUUAAGGAACAGCACUGUCAGCAGACGGAUAUCCUGAAACUGGCAGAACAAAAAGAAACGCUGUUUGAAAAACUAUCGCAGUCAGAGGCGCAUAACGUGCGCUUGUCAAUGAAACUGCAUGAGAGUGAAAAAGAAAUUGAACAUCUCCUUUCUCAAUGUGAAGCUGAAAAGAGCACUGCUCGUGCAUCAACAGAGCAGUUCAAAACUGUGGAAACCACACGAGCCCAUCUCCAGGGCCAGCUUCGCAACAAGGAGGCAGAAAACAACCGCAUGGCUAUUCAGAUCAAGAAUUUUGAGCGUACCAUUGCUCAUCAGAAAGGGGAGAUGGACUAUCUAAUGGAACAGCUGAGACUGUUUCAAACAAAAGGAGAUCGAGACAAAGAGGCCCUAAAGAAAGCCACAAAAGCUCAGAAACAGCGAGCAGAACGGAGUGAGGAUACAGCAGAACAUCUCAGUGUCCAGCUUUUUGAAAAGGAGACGCAGUUGGCUGAUGCACUCUCGUCCGUGGAAUCCUGGAAGUGUCAUCACAACAAGUUGGCAAAGGAGAGAAAUCAGCUGGAGAAGGAGACCAGCUUACUGAACAAACGCAUCACAGAUCUGAUGGACCAGUUGCAACAUGUGGAGGACAAGACUCGAGCCGAGCGGGAGGCACUGAUGACCAGACUGCACGCCAUGACCUCUGAGAGCACCUCAAUUAGACUGGAGAAUGAGAGGCUCAAGGCCAGCAUGUGUGCCGUGGAGGAGAAGCUGACAUUUGCUCAGGCUGAGAUGCAGCAGCUGAAACUCUCUGUCAAGCGCUAUGAGGGACUGGUGGAUAGUUACAAAGCUCAGGUGAUGAAGACUCGGCUGGAGGCUGAUGAUUUCUGUAUGAAACUCGUAAUGGCGGAGAAGGAGAAUAAGAUGUUGAAAGAAGAUGUGAAUAAGGAAAUCGAGCUGGUGAGGAGACAGAUGCAGAGCAGGUUGACCGAUUUAGAACCUGUGCCUGAAUUAUUGAAAUUAACGGAGCACAAACUACAGGACUGCCAAGAGCAGCUGAUCAUGUACGAGAGGAAAACAGCAGAACAGUCGGCCAGUAUAUGUGAUCUGAGGAUGAAGAUCGAGCAGCAGGGUGACAAGGAGAGUACAGCCAGGGAAAAGUGGCAAUGCAUGCAAGAAGAGAAUCGUCACCUUCAGCUGAAGCUGGACGCUCUGGCAAGGAAGUUGGAUGAUGGAGAAGCACAGAACCGGGAACUGAUUCAAGUGGUGGCUAAACGGGAAGAGACGAUUCACCAAAACCAGCACCGCCUGGAGGAGAAAUCCCGCGAGUGCUCCUCCCUGGCCAGACAGCUGGAGACUGCACUGGACGAGGCCAGGUGUCAGGUGGACCAAACCAGGGACAGGGCUUUAUCGAAGGAGCGAGCAACACAGUCUAAAAUUCUGGAUCUGGAAACACAGCUCAGCAGAACAAAGACUGAAUUGACCCAACUAGGCAGGAGCAAAGAAGAUGCAGAGCGACGUUGCCAAAGCCGCCUGCAGGACCUGAAAGACCGUCUGGAGCAAUCAGAGAGCACCAAUCGCAGCAUGCAGAACUAUGUCCAGUUCCUCAAAUCCUCCUAUGCAAAUGUGUUUGGUGACACCGUGUUAACCAGUUCUCCAGUCUGUCCUCGAUCACCUCUCUGAGAAUGUUUACUAGACUGAAAGACUUUGAUUCCUAAUAUUGGGACUGGACGGGUGUGUGUGUGUAUGUUAUCUAUAAUGUGUGUGUAUUAUAUAUAUACUUAUCAGGACACCACAUACCCCACCUCAUUAUGAUGAUAAACUCUUAAUAUUAUAUGAAUAUGAACUAUAAAAAAACAUUAAUAGUGAAAAUUAUGGCCUCAAACAAACGAGUAAUCUUAAAUUAACCAACUUGUCAAGUGGUUCCUAAGUGUACCUGGCAGGUACCUGGAUAUCCUAAAGUGAAAUAGUUGCAGGGAUCAGCAAAUUACAUCCUUGCAAUUUUAUAGCCUCCGUUGUUUGGCGUAUUUAAUUCUAAAAUAAUGAAACCCGCUGUCAGCACCAAGCCAAUAGCACAAAUGGCUUUGAGACUUGUGCAGCCAAAAAGCAAUAAGGUAGCUCAUUAUAUGAGCUCCAAUUCAAUCAGUUCUUUGCUCCUGAACUAACUGAAAGAUGUCUUUCACUGUGAAUAUACUUUUGGUGCACCUUGCACCAUGCUAGUGGUGAAGUGAACCCCACUGUCAUCCUUUCCCCUCCUCCCACCCCUCCAUCUUCCUUUUCCACCCCAACCUCCCACAUACACACCAUCAAAAUACAAUGGUUUCAUUGCUCAAUUUUGUACUGUUGAAUUUUUUAACUCUUUGCAAUCUUAGCUUCAGCAGAGGCUCUGAGUGUCGUAUGAACCUGCAUCUCGUGCGGGACAGGUUUCAGGAUGAAAUGUAUUGAAGGUCUCCUUCCUUCAAAAUAAAUUAUUUACAAAUAUAACAUUGCUCUCUGGCUAUUCUGAGACUCCUCGAGAAGCACAAGCCCAACUUGCAAUUUCCUUGCUUUUGUCCUUGCGAAAGGACUCUUGGUAGAAAAGGGCAAUGCAAUUGUGAUGCUUCAUUGUAAAUUAAUAAUUGGAGGCAUUGAAAUCAGUUGCUUCUCUGCUCCGGUUGUUUUUCUGAAAGCUGCUGUAGAUAAGCAACAACAACAAAUUACAUUUGUAUAGCGCCUUUCACGUCAGGAAGACGUCCCAAGGCCCUGGGCAUCGAGGGUGGGGCAGCCAGUUGGCAUGUGAGGAGAUUGCAGCCAAAAGGUAGCAGGAAAAACACUGGGUGCACUUGACCAAGACUGACCACACUGCAGUUGAGCUCCCAAAUUGAUUUUGGGAGGGGAGAUUGCAAACAUGCACAACAGAAAAAGAAUAAUCUGACUUUAAUUCCAUAAUGGCUUCUUGGUGAAGAUAUCCUGUUUAAUAAUGGAAUAAAAUCUUAUUUAAUAAUCCUGCAUUAACCUUUUUUAUCCCAUUGUAAACUAGGGUCAUUUCAAUAUUGCUUUGUUAUAACCUUUUUAAUGCUUUUGAAUUCCAUUUGAUUUUAUGUCACAAAUUUUAUGUUUUGUACAGUUGUAUAGAAAUAUUUUUUCUUUAUAAAUACCUCUGAUAAGCGAACAACUUGAAGGUUAAUAAAUGUACUUUGCUUUGUCA